UAAAUUAGCAACCCAAGUCGGUGAGGGGAGGAGAAGGAGGAGAGUAGAUGGGGAGAGAGAGAGUAAAGAGAGGGGGGGCUGGGUCUUGUGGCGGAGGAGUCGGCUUUCAGUCGGUGAGGUGCACGGUGCCCUGAAGCGGCUCUGUCUCAGCAAAUACACACACAUACACACACAUACGCGCAUACCGUGUCUGAGUGACUGGAUGCUGAGAGGGAGAAAGAGAGGAGAGAAUCGUUUAGGAUCAGCUAGAGAUCGGGUAGAGCACUGCAGAGCUGCAGACGGCUCCUUUCUCCUGCAGACGGCGAAGGAACCGGAGAGCUUUCCAGCUGAUCCAAGCGAGCUCACCUGACACGGGAACGGGGACGCAAAAAAAAAAGAAAAAAAAAAAGAGCCUUCACUGGAGGAGUAACGGCCGGAUCAGAAAAUCUGUGGAAUUGGCUCACUUGUCAUUUUUUUGUGGAUAUUAUGUGAAAAAUAACAACAGUAACAAGAAAAAAAAAAAGCCCAGUCCAGCUGGCCGACACGGUUCCAUUCAACAUUUUGUCCCGGUGGAUUGUCUGUCGUUUGGAGGGGGGAAAAUUGGAAACCCGUUUGCAUACUAAUCAGUUUUUGGAGGGGAUAUCCAGAGCGCACAUCCAGAGCUGCAGAGUGGGUCAGAUGAAUGUGUAGCAGUACCCAGCCAUGCCGUUAACAAGUAAAGGGUCAAGACGGAGGCCUUGGGUCAGCGGACCCUGCAUGUGUUCGAGUCUCUUGCGAUGGAAGCCACUCUUUUAUUUCUGCAUCGGCCUUGUUCUUUCUCAGUCUACAGCUGUCCUCGGAGCACUGGAACUCCAGCUGGAUGAAGAGCAGCCAACUGGGACCAUCGUUGGUGACAUCAGCGCUGGGUUACCGCCAGGUGAAACUGCAAGUCUGUACUUUAUCUCAGACCAUGAGGGCACAGGCGUUGGCAGUGAUCUCAACAUUGACGAAACCACGGGCAUCAUUACCACAGCACGCCGUCUGGAUCGUGAGCAGAGGGACCACUAUAGCUUUAUUGCUGUGACAAUGACAGGAAUCACUAUUGAGGUGUCAAUCACAGUCAACGACAUCAACGACCACGCACCUGUGUUCCCCAAAAAGAAAGCUGUUCUUAAGAUACCUGAGCACACAGCGGUGGGAACAAGGUUUUCCCUGGAGCCUGCAACAGAUGCAGACAAGGACCAACUGACCACGCAAGGCUAUGCUAUUCGAGAGGGCAAUGUAGGCCAAGCUUUCAGACUGGAGACCAAGAGAGCUGCUAACAAGGUUCUGUAUCUGGAUCUGGUUGUCAAUGGACUGCUGGACAGGGAGAAACGCUCAUCUUACACACUGGUCGUGGAAGCCUUUGAUGGAGGCUCACCUAAAAGGAUGGGAUCCAUGACCCUAGAAGUGACUGUUACUGACAUCAACGAUCAUGCACCACUCUUCAAUCAAAGCAGAUACCAUGCUAUUAUCUCUGAAAGUCUUCCACAAGGCAGUAGCAUACUACAGGUGUUUGCAACAGAUGAGGAUGAGGGUGAUAAUGGUCUGGUUCUUUAUGAAAUCAACCGGCGUCAGAGUGACCCUGACCGUUACUUCGUCAUUGAUGUCAAGUCUGGGGUCAUCACUCUGAAUAGACCACUGGAUUUUGAACUGAAGAGGGUCCAUGAACUGGUGGUCCAGGCCAGGGAUAAUGCCAGCCACCCUGAGGUGACCAAUGCUUUUGUGACCAUUCAUGUCCGUGACUACAAUGACAACCAGCCCACCAUGACCAUCAUCUUUCUCAGUGAGGACGGCUCUCCAAGGAUCUCCGAGGGGGCCCAACCAGGCCAGUACGUUGCUCGGAUAUCUGUCACCGACCCAGACUAUGGAGAGUACGCCAACGUGAAUGUGUCCCUUGAGGGGGGUGAUGGGAAAUUUGCUCUUACGACCAAGGACAGCAUCAUCUACCUGAUAUAUGUUGACCAGGUCUUGGACAGAGAGGAAAGGGAUUCAUAUGACCUCAGGGUUAUGGCUACAGACUCCGGCACUCCUCCCCUCAGAGCAGAGUCAUCUUUUACCAUUCAGGUUACUGAUGUCAAUGACAACCCCCCUCUGUUUGACCAGCAGGCCUACAGGCAGACUAUUCCAGAGGUUGUCUAUCCUGGGUCCUUUGUUCUCCAGGUUACUGCCAGGGACAAGGACCAGGGUCCCAAUGGGGAUGUCCGAUAUAGCCUUCUCAAAGGGAAAAACUCUCACUCUGAUUGGUUUUCCAUCGACCCGGUCACAGGAAUCAUUACCACAGCAACAGCUCUGGAUUUCGAAUCAGAGCCAGCGCCAAGUGUGACUGUCAUUGCAACGGAUAGCGGUCGUCCGCCACUGUCAUCCACAGCGAAGGUGGACAUUGUGCUGCAGGAUGUUAACGAUAACACACCAGUGUUUUCCAGCAGUUUCUACAAUGCCUCCAUCAAGGAGAACACCCCAGCUGGGACCUGCUUCUUAGAGGUGUCUGCCACAGAUGAGGAUCGUGGUUCUUUUGGCGCCAUAUCCUACACCCUGGGUCCUGGGACUGGAAGUGCAGUACCAACCCACUUCACCAUAGACAAGGAGUCUGGCCAGAUUUGCACCCGCACGUCUCUCGACCGGGAUGAAGGAUUGGAAAAGUUUGACUUGACCGUCACUGCAACGGAUGGAGGUGGUUUGAGCUCAGUAGCCCGUGUGCGGGUCUCGGUGGUGGACAUCAAUGACAACCGUCCUGCCUUUUAUCCAGUCCUCUACACAGUCAGUCUUAGUACCCAUAGUGCCCCAGGAACCUCUGUUGUCAAGGUAACAGCGAAUGACCCAGAUGCUGGGGAAAAUGGCAGAGUCACCUACCGCACAGUACCUGGAGGAGGUUCUAAUUUCUUCACUCUCAACAAGGACACAGGCGUGAUUUCUCUAUCGCGCUCGCUCCAUGGCAAAGCCAACACGGUAAUCUCCAUGGUGAUAUCAGCUGAGGACGGCGGUGGUCUGACGGCGCCGGUCAAUGCCAGGGUAAACGUGAGCGUGGUGGCAGGCUCGGUGGCGUCUCCCGUGUUUGAACAGGCUCAGUAUUUCUUCACUGUGUCGGAGGACGUUCUCAGGGGGACAGCGGUGGGAGUGGUCCGCGCUUCUGCCAAGACAGGUGUGUCUAAGAAUAUUUUCUACUCCAUUUCCUCUGGCGACCCUGAUGGUUACUUCACAGUGGACAGUGCCUCUGGUACCAUUCGCACUGCCCUUCCUCUGGACCAUGAAACCUGUUCCAGUCUUGAUCUGGAGAUCCAGGCACGCUCCGGUUCUCCUCCAGCGUACGGAACCAGCCGCGUACGAAUAACCAUUUCAGAUAUUAAUGACAACGCCCCCACCUUCCUCCCCUCCUCAUCAGAGUCCCUUUUAUUACCUGAGAUCACCAAAAUGGGGACUGUUAUCUACACCAUCCAGGCCACAGACAAGGACUCCGGUCACAACGGUCAGCUCAGCUUCGACCUGGUCUCUGCUGGGGGAAGCAGUGGCCAGAGGACGUUUGGUGUUGACCGGGGCAGCGGGGAGGUGCGUCUGAUUGGUAGCCUGUCAUAUGAAAGCGUCCCACGUUAUGACCUUCAGGUAGUUGCCAAGGAUGGCGGGGCACCUCAGCUUAGUUCCACCUUCACCCUUGUGGUCCACAUCCAAGCGCAAGAUGCACAAGGCCCCAACUUUGACACCCUGACAUAUCGUGUGGAGCUUCGAGAAAACACACCUCUCAACACACGUUUCCUUCAGGUCCGAGCACUCAACACAGAAGCUAAUGGGAAUGGUGGAAGCUCCUCCUCAUCUUCCUCCUCCCCUAUUUCCUACCGUCUGAGACCUGACGGUGAUGCCGCUGGUUUUGGCAUCAUGCCAGAUAGCGGUUGGCUGUUUGUUCGCAGCUCUCUGGACCGAGAGGUCAAAGACAUGUACCUGUUAACUGUCUUGGCAACUUCAGGCCCAGGAGGAGCGGGGAGAACUGGCAGUGCCACGGUCAGGGUGACAGUAACCGACGAAAAUGACAAUUCCCCAAGACUGAGCCAGGAGAGGGUAUUCCUCGCUGUCAGAGAGAAUCUGCUGGCAGGAACCGGCUUUGGCAGGGUGUCUGCAACCGACAGAGAUGCAGGCCUUAAUGCUCGACUCACCUACAGGCUGCUGCACACGGACAGGCACUUUCAGAUUAACUCACAAACAGGUGAGAUCAGCACUCGCGUCGCCCUGGACAGAGAGCAGCAAUCCAGCUACCAGCUUGUUGUAGUCGUACAAGACGGGGGCACGCCUCCUCGCAGCGCCACUGGCACAGCUCACAUCACUGUGCUGGAUGAAAACGACCACGCACCCAUUUUUACUCAUGCAAGACCGGACAGGGAACUGCUCCUUCAGGUGAUGGAGGGGCUUCCAUCUGGGACAGUCCUAGGGACAGUGACAGCUAAAGACCCAGAUGAGGGAGAGAAUGGGACCGUAUUCUACUCUUUAUCAGGCCCCAGAGCAGAGCGUUUCUCCCUGAACCCAACCAGUGGCGAGCUGAGAAGCGCCUCUCCCCUGAGAUGGGCAGAGCGAGCCGAGUACACCUUCACCGUGACCGCUGCUGACCACGGUUCACCAGGCCUCAGCUCCACCUGCCAGCUGCAGAUACAGGUUCUCAGCUCCUCCAGGUCCAACCCCAAGCCCAACAUGCUCUCCAUGAUUCUGAACACAGUUGAAGGGGCUGCACCGGGCUCCAUCAUUGGCUCUGUCCGCCGACAUGACCAGCAGGAAUCUUCUUUAUUGGACGGCCAGGUGACUUACCUGGUAGUGGGGGGUAAUGACCGAGAUGGUACUUUCAUGGUGGACCGCUUGAAGGGUGACGUGUACCUGGUGCGUGAGCUGGACUACGAGAAGGAGUCGAAGUACACGCUGCACAUAGAGGUGUCUGACUUCUCCCAGGCAUUUCCCAGCAGCCACCUGGUGCAGCUGGAUAUCAUCGUGCAGGACAGCAAUGACCAUUCACCGCAGUUCACAGAAGAUCCUGUUACCAUUGUGAUCCAAGAGAACAUAGAGCCAGGAGCUUCCAUAUAUACGUUCCAGGCUUUGGAUCAGGAUGGCAGUGGACCCAACAGUGAGCUACUUUACUCCAUCGAGCACUACUGGCCUGACACACCUGAACUCCUGAUCCUAGACUCCUCCAGCGGAGUCCUGACCCUGGGGCAGAAGUUAGAUCGUGAGUCAACACCGUCCCUCUACCUGGUGGUGCGAGCCACAGACCAGGCAGUAGAUCCUUCUCAGAGGCGCUGGGGUUCAGUCACCGCCCGGGUCUUUGUGACAGACGAAAACGACAACGCUCCAGUCUUCAGCUCACCGUCUGCGGUUAGCGUCAUGGAGGAUCAGCCUGUAGGAUUUGUGAUACUUUACAUGAUGGCUAGAGAUGAAGAUGAAGGAGAAAAUGGCAGAGUGUCAUACAGAAUCCAGACAGGCAACAGCGCCGGUCGCUUCAGUCUGAACCCCAACACUGGUUCUCUCUCCAUCCUGAAGGCUUUAGACCGGGAAGAGCAGGAGGUCUUCAAUCUGACCAUUGUGGCUGAGGAUCAUGGUGUACCUCAGCUUUCCACUUCCCAGGUGCUGUCCGUACAGGUGAUUGACGUGAAUGACGAAGCUCCGGUGUUCCAGCACACAGAGUUUGAGGCCCAGGUGAUGGAAAACAAAGGACCAGGAACGACUGUAUUAACAGUUACUGCCACAGACCGGGACCAAGGCUCUAAUGGCCAAGUGACAUAUGGAGGUGUGACAGAGGAAGGCUUCAUCAUCAACCCUGUGACAGGAGUCAUCACCACCACAAAGGAACUGGAUACAGAGCUACGGAACCACUACACACUCACUGUGUAUGCAAGGGAUGGAGGGCUGCCUCCUAACUUUGCCAAGGCUGUAGUCCGCGUGGAGGUGCAGGAUGUGAACGACAAUGCUCCGGUCUUUGCAAAGCAAUGGUAUAGUCUGGAGGUGCCGGAGAACCAAGCCCCUGUAGAGCUGUGCUUUCUCAAGGCCACAGACCCUGACUCAGGUCCUGGUGGAGAGCUGGAGUACAGGAUCACUGCUGGGGACUCUGAUGGAGAUUUCCACCUCCACACCAGCACAGGAGCUCUUUCCACCUUACGUGGCCUAGAUAGAGAGACGAGGGCUGACUAUACUCUGGAGGUGGUGGCCACAGACCGAGGGAGCCCCGCUCUUAGCGCUACUGUCACAGUGGAAGUGAAAGUGAUGGAUGUGAAUGACAACAGCCCUGUCUUUAGCAAGAAUAGCUACUCUACUGAAGUGUCUGAGGAUGCUGCAGAGGGGACCAAAGUUCUGGAGGUGUCAGCCAUAGAUGCUGAUGAUGACCUGAAUGGGAAGGUUCUAUAUUUCCUGAGUCGAGAGGCGCAUGGAGCAUUCACUGUGGAUGAGAACACCGGUGUUAUCACCACAGCAGCACCUCUGGAUCGGGAAAAAUUGGCAUCAUACAGCUUCCACGUGUUUGCUGUUGACCUUUCACCUGCUGCACCCAGAAACACCUCCGCUCAGGUGACAGUCACCGUUUUAGAUGUCAAUGACAACACCCCCAUCUUCAUCCAGGAUCCGCUGGUAAUUGAAGUGUCCAGCAAACGUUCCCACCGGGUUCUAGCGACCAUGAAGGCUGAGGACAAGGACUUUGGAGCCAACGGUUCUGUGUUUUACCGUUUCGCGAUGCCAGUGAAAGGCUUCAGCAUCAACUCCCUAACUGGGGAGAUCCAAGCCACUGAGCGACUGGAGGAUCUCACCCAAGCUCAGAGGACUCUGAUAGUUGAGGCCAUGGACCAGGGCAGUCCAGCUCAGUCUGCACAGGGAGUGGUGGUGAUUUACGUGAAGGAGGUGGAGUACAGUGGCAUCCGCUUCUCUAGGAAUGCCAGAGAUGUCAGCAUACAGGAGAACGCUUUAAAAGGCACAGCUGUGGCUCAAGCUCAGGCUCAACAUCCAGAUGGUACACGUCAGGGUAUCAGCUACAGCCUCUUCAGUGGAAACAGAAAUCAGAUCUUUGUUAUCAGCUCUUCAACAGGUGAAAUCAGCGUGCACAGCUCCAAGGGGCUGGACUUUGAAGACAGCCCCAAACUCCGUAUAGUUGUAAAGGCUGAAACAGUGUCUUCCACAUCUUUCAUGGCUAUAAACUUGAUCCUUCAGGAUGUCAAUGACAACCGUCCUCGCUUCCAGCUGCAGAAUUAUGUUGCCUACAUGAGAGAAGCACAGGGCUAUGAAAUGCCAAUCAUACAGGUGGUGGCUGAGGAUGUGGAUCAGGGCCAAAAUGGCCAGGUGACCUAUUCCAUCCAGUCAUCGGGUGUGAGCGGCCUGUUCAAAAUCGACCCGAUGACAGGAAGCAUCACCACGGCCGCCAUCAUGGACCGUGAGAUCUUUACCCAGACCAAGCUAGUAGUUACAGCAACUGAUAGAGGAAGUCCACGACUGGCUGGUUCUGCCACAUUAACAGUGAUCAUCGUUGACCAGAAUGACAACAGCCCCACUAUUCCCUUACAUCAGGAAGUCCGCAUCCCAGAGAACAUGUUGAUCGGCACAGAGAUCACUCUCGUGACAGGUAACGACGUCGACUCCAGUCCUGCACUCUCCUUCUCUUUGCAGCUGGACCCAACAGCUUUAGGCAAGUUUGGGAUUCACCGGUACAGCGGAGGUGUAUCGCUAACCGCUCCUCUAGACUUUGAAGAGAAGACGUGGUACACCCUGACUGUCAGAGCCACAGACAGCCAGCACCAAACUGAGGCCAACAUUACAAUACUGGUGGAGGAUAUUAAUGACAAUGUACCUGCAUUUACCCACAAUCUCUAUCAGGUAACUCUGGCUGAGCACACACCACCAGGAAGUGCAGUUGUCACAGUAACAGCAACCGACAGAGACUCUGGAGAGAACGGAAAGAUCACCUACAGAGUGAUGUCAUCAACCCAGGAGGGUUUCUACAUUGACCCCAACAAUGGAACCCUGUUCAUCAAUCACAGAGCUGAAUUUGACCCUGAACGUCCAUCAGUGAGCGUUGUUAUUGAAGCCCGUGAUGGAGGCUCACCUUCACUCUCCUCGCUUACCACCGUCCAGGUCCAAAUCUCUGACGUCAAUGACAAUGCUCCUGUGUUUCACCAGUCAGAAUACAGGGCUACUGUUUCUGAGGAUACCAUUCCAGGGUCAACGGUUCUGACUUUUGAGGCCUUUGACAGUGACCUUUCUCGAGAAAAUUGUGGCUUUGACUUUGCUAUCGCCAAUGGGAAUGAAGGAAAUGCAUUCCAAAUUGAAAGCAGUGUAAGGUUCCUGGAGGGACGGGGCUUCCAAACAGUUGGGACUCUGCUGUUGGCUGAGGGACUUGACUUUGAAACCAAGCCACUUUACAACCUAACAGUGGUGGUGUCAGACCGCGGUGUGCCCCAGAGAAGCUCUAGUGUUGCUGCAAUGAUAUCUAUUGGUGACGUGAAUGAUAAUCCUCCAGUGUUCAGCAGGGCAGAAUAUACUGUCUCACUGAGUGAGGGAGCUGCAGCUGGGACUGAGAUCCUACGACUGACUGCUACAGAUCCAGACUCAACUCCAAACGCAGAAGUCCAGUAUACUAUCAGCUCUGGCGAUGAGGUGAACUUAUUUACCAUGGACCAGUGGACUGGAGCCUUGCGGCUUCAACGAGCACUCGACCGUGAACACCAGUCCACACAUGUUGUCAUCAUCCAAGCCACAGAUGGACAUGGUCACUUUGCGCUAGCUCCAGUCAUUGUUGAAGUGAAAGAUGUAAAUGACAAUCAUCCAUUCUUCCCUGUGGAAGUCCUGACAGCAAGUAUCAGAGAAAACCAACCAGCAAACUCAGCUGUGACAGUUCUCCAUGCCAUAGACCACGACACAGGGGUUUUUGGCCACCUGAAGUAUUACAUGUUGGAAAGGUCUGGAGCAGGAAAAGAUAGCUUCAGUGUGGAUCAGAAUUCUGGAGAAAUCAGAAGCAGGAUUCCCUUUGACUUUGAGAAGAUCAACUCCUUUAAUUUUGUAGCACUGGCAGUAGAUUCAGGCAACCAUUCAGCCACUGUAACUGUACAGGUGUUUGUCACAGGUGAGGAUGAGUAUGAUCCACUCUUCACAUCCUCUGAUUUCUCCUUUGAUGUCCCAGAGGGAGCUAAGAAAGGCCAGAGCAUUGGCCAGGUCCAGGCACAUGAUGAGGAUGGAGGAGUGGAUGGUAUUGUUCUCUAUUCUCUUAGCACCAGCUCUCCAUUCUUUGAUGUAAACAAAACCACUGGGGUGAUUUUCCUGAAGUUGGACGGGUCAGGCAGUGGUGGUAGCAGUGGUUCGGGCCAGUCCAAACAGGAACCCAGGCUGAUGACCCUGGAUGUCACAGCUCACAGCCCUCUAGAUGCAUCUCGCACCACCACUGCCCAGGUCACAGUCGAUGUCACAAACACCAACUUUGGCCUGGCACCCGAUGUCAACAUCCUGCUGAUCAGCAUCAUUGCUGUGUCUCUUGGUUUUAUCGUGUUGCUUGUGGUCAUGGCUGUUGUGAUAUUCCUUGUCAAGUCACGAAGGCGGAAGAAGGCCCAGGAUGCUGGAAACCGAACUGUUGCCUCUGGAACUGCUCUGCAAAAAUUGGAUGAUUGCAACUCAGGCCCAGGAGGGGAGAGGAUCUAUCACCAGGCCUUGCCAGGCUACGCUGGAGAUCAGGGUGGGGCUGGUGGUGGUCCCUACACUAGAGGGGGCUCUCUGGAUCCCUCUCACUCCAGUGGAAGAGGGUCAGCUGAAGCAGCAGAGGAUGAUGAGAUCAGGAUGAUAAACGAGUACCCCCGUGUCGCUUCCAUCACUUCGUCCAUGCAGGAGCACAUCUCAGCCAGAGGACCAGACUCUGGAAUUCAGCAGGACGCUGACCAGCUCUCUGAUAUCUCCUGUGAGCCUGCAGCUUUAGAGGGCAGCACCUGGUUCAAAGGAAAGAAACUGGGAGGCAGUCUCAGUGGGACCUUGCUCUCUGGCCAGCUCCCAGUCUAUAGGGACGAAGGAGGUGGGUACCUGGGAGUAGGCCGGGGCCUCAACAUUUCCCUGCCCAAGGAUUACGCCUUCCCUGAAGAUGGAAAACCUUCAGUGGAUGGUUCCCUCACAGCUAUCGUGGCCAGUGAUGAGGAGCUUCGCGGAAGUUAUAACUGGGAUUACCUGCUCAACUGGUGCCCUCAGUUCCAGCCCCUGGCUAACGUGUUCACAGAGAUUGCCAGGCUGAAAGAUGAAACUGCUCAGCAGAGCCAGAACCCUCGCCAACCCUUUCAAACAAAGCACAAAAUGGAUCCUAAACCUAGAAUUGACCCUCCACCACUCAUCACUUCAGUGGCCCACCCAGGGGCCAUGUCAGUUCCCCCGAAGGUCCCUGUGAUUGGACGGACAUUCCCCCACUUGGCCUCACUCCGCAGGUCCCCUAUCAGUCACGAGGGAUCCAUUUCAUCAGCAGCAAUGUCCCCAAGCUUCUCCCCUUCUCUGUCCCCUCUGGCAGCUCGAUCGCCAGCUGUUUCUCCCUUUGGAGUCAACCAAGGGCCUUCAGCAUCCAUGAUCAGCACCAGGGAGCCCUCACUGGACCAGAGUCCUGAUCAUGAGAUGAGAAUAUGAUGGAAAAAUCCAAAAAAUAUUUAAGGACAAACUUAACGAUAGACAACUCCAACUCCAACUUUUUUGGCUUUUCUCUUUCAUGGAACGAAGUAAAGCAAGCCAAGGUGUCAGUUGUACUGUCAUUCUCAGAAAUCAUUGUUUUCAUCAUAAAUCAACAAAGUGUCUGAUCAUAUGGAUUUUGGACAGUAAACACACACACACAAAAACAUACUUAACCUUCUCCCGGUAGAAUAUUUGCAUUAUUUGAUGUAUUUCCAUUGGUCAGCAGUGUUACAGGAAUACACAAACGUGGAACAUGUGCCUGGGUUGACAGGACCAGCCCAUCCUUCCAUGUCAACAGUGACGCAGGUCUCCAUGAACUGAACAGGGUUAUUAAGAGGUAAACUGACCUCUUCAUGGGAAUGUACACUUACCAUGCCCUGCAGUCAGAGAUCCCUUAGUGUGUAGAUAGAUAGAUGUGUAGUUUUCAUGUUACCUCACUGGCUGGCCAGAGAGUUAAGGACCUUGUUCCUCUCUUUGUGUCUGUGGACAUUUUUACACUCCAGUAUUGAAUUCAUCCAGCAGCUGUUUUUAAAAUGGUCUCUGGACAUGUGUGCGAAUCCCAUGGACAGAAAAAUGGCGUGCGUUCACAAAGACACUGAUUCAAUGAAUUGAACAAUGGAGAUUAUUGUUUUUCUCACCAAUUCAGAUGUCACUUCUUUUGAUUUUUACUUUUAUUUUUAUAUAUUUUUAUAUGAAAUCAUGAUUUCAGAUCCAGAAAUGCCAUUAUUCCACAUGGAGAGGUUAUUGUUUUUGUGCAUUUGCAUAUAUGUAUAUUUGUAUGUAUGCAGGCUACGCUAUGUACUGUAUGUGUCUUCUAGGUUUUUAGAGACUUGUGACAGUUCUGAUGUGAGUGAGAGGGAGACUUCUGUGUUUCUAGCAUUAUUUAUAUGAAAAAAAGACUUGCUGCCACAUUUGGACAGCAGGAAACCAAACGCAGCUCACACUAUGCUGUGUUGUUACCUUAAGAACUUUUCUUUUUUUCUUUUUUUUUGUCAAAUUGUAGAUCAUCCCAAAUCCAAAACAACAACUGGAUGGAAACCUGUGAUCAAUCUAAAUGCCUGCUUCUCCAGCAGAUAAACACUCUGUUGUGGUGUGCAGUUAUGCACAUUCCCUUUGUUAUUCAGGGACAACUCAAUUUGCUGAUCACCUCUGUGUCUUUGAAAGAAAGUGCUUCCUAAAGUCAGUUACAUCAGUCAUUAACUUAAAUGCAUUUUACUGUGAAGUUGUUCAUCUCAGCACAACAAAAAUAGCAUGCAGUGAAAAGGCUGGGUCUCUCAUAGGAACAUGGCAUAAGGGCAAUGUAGCACAUGAGCCAGACGAGUGAGAAGCAAAAGCCUGAAUGCAUGAGCCCUAAUGAAUGUAUAAGGAUUUAACAACCGGAGCAGUAUUUAUUUUUCAUGUUAACCCUCUGUUCUGUGCAUUUUAUUUCUAUGAUUCACCAUCAUGAUGAUGUGUUCAGGUCCCAUGUGUUAAACUCAUCCUCUGCACCUUCUUUCUUUUCUGUCAGCGCUUAGAUCCAGUUUUUAAGCAAUCGACCUGUGUAGCAAAAGGCUUUAAGACUGUCAUUGUCAUUCUUCCAUGUGUAUUCUGGCCUGUUUUUAAUCUUUUGAGGUAACUGAAGCUAUCGGAUGUCUUCUUGUUUUCAAAAGAUGGCUUCUACCUCUGUUCUUUGUUUAACAUAACAUUACAAAUCGCCUGAUGCAAAGCUGGCACCGCAGCUAAAAGCUACACAUGCCAUGAGCCUAACUCCGGCACAACAUUCUCUCGACUCAUGAUUAUGCUGUUUCAGAAACAUUUCUGUGUUGGAGAACUUCCAUUUGGAGUUCAGUUUGAAAUGACUGCCAGUGACUGAUCAGUGAAGCAAUGGCAGAAAAAAAAAACUGUACAUGUAUUUAAAGCAAAUAAUAAAUUCCUACUGAUC